GACACUUCCUCCAAUAAGCCAUGGUUGGUCUUAUAAGACCACAAUUGGUGGCAGCUGAACUCCUUCAACAGCUGGGUCUUCUUGUAGAGGACAUUUUCUGAUGUGAUGAGCGCAAGAGAAACUUGAAUAUCCUUGAAGUUCAGAGACUCUCUCUGACAUUCAGGCUCUGAAUGGAUUUUGAGUCCAGCCAUCAAGUUUUUAAGAUGCAGGAGUUGAGAAGCCAGAGAUUUCAACUAAAAGCCAUGGAAGCAAAGCAGCUGGCAUAUUCAAGGCAUAAGAGAUCUAAGAGUGAAAUUUAUAAUAGAGGCAAGAGUGAUCUAUUGGAAUCUCCAUCCACAUCUUGUAAACUGAAAGAGGAUAUGGAGAAACGAGAGUAUCACAUUGAUUUGGAGAAGAAGCUGCCUGAUACUAACGUUGAAGGCCCUUUGAAGCAAGAGAUUAUGCAACUUGAGAAACGGCUCAAGGAUCAACUGGAAGCACACCUUACGCUUGAGAAAGCAUUGGGCUAUAGAAAAGAAGUAAUCGAUUAUUCCAAUGUCAGCUUCAUGCCAAAGCCAGCCAAGGAGUUGAUAAGAGAGAUUGCAGUGUUAGAAUUAGAAGUCAUGCACUUGGAGCAGCAUCUGCUAUCACUCUAUCGAAAAGCUUUCGAUCAGCAACUCCCAGCUUCAUCUCCUCAUGUUUCCAAAGCUAAAUCCAAACAGCCAAUUAGCUGCCAAAGAAAGCUAUUUCAUGAGCUUCCAGGGCCUGAAAUCUCAUCACUAAGUGGUCAUCCAUUAGUUCACUCUACUAGAAUUCUACCAUCUCAAAUCUCAGCUUGCAAAUUAACGGAUGAAUCCUACUGUCAAAACAUUUCAGACCGCAAUGUUCAUCGCUGCCAUUCUGCACUCAAUCAGCGCGCAGUUUAUUCAUCUCGAAUUUCUCCUUCAGAAGCAGCCCUGGCUAGAGCUCUUCAAGACUGUCAUUCUCAGCCAUUGUCAUUCCUCACAGAUUGGCAUGAUUCAAACUCCGGGUUGAUAAGCCUAGCAGAAUAUCUUGGUACCGGUGUAGCUGAAUAUACUCCUGAGACAGCCAACAAAAUUUCUGAAGAUAUGGUUAGGUGUAUGGGUGCUAUAUACAUCAAACUUUCAGAUCCUCCUCUACUGAAUCCUGGCCCAUCAUCAUCUCCUACUUCUUCAUUUUCUUCUCUGAGUGCUAUUUCUCCUCAGUGUACUGGAGAUAUCUGGAGUCCUGGGUGCAGAAAUGAACCAAUUCUCGAUACGCGACUUGUAAAUCCUUUUUGCAUAGAGGGUUUGAAAGAGUUUAGUGGUCCUUACAAUGCCAUGGUGGAAGUGUCCUCAAUUAGAAAUGACAAUCGGCGGUUGAAGAUUGUUGAAUACUUGCUCAAUGCUUACAAAUCUCUUGCUCAUAAGUUAGCUACUGUUAAUGUAAAGAGGAUGAAGAAUGAUGAAAAGCUGCCCUUUUGGGUCAACUUACACAAUGCUUUGAUAAUGCAUGCUUAUUUGGUGCAUGGAGUUCCUCAAACUAGUAUGAAAAGGACUUCAUUGCUCAUCAAGGCCACAUGCACAGUAGGGGGUCAUUCCAUCAAUGCCAACAUGAUACAAAGUUCAUUUCUAGCGUGCCGCACGCAUUGGUCAGGCCAGUGGUUUAGAACAUUUUUGCUUCCAGUGAUGAAAUUCAAGUCUAGAGAGGAAUGGAAAAGGCUUUAUGCCAUUGAGAAACAGGAGCCUCUUCUACAUUUUUCGUUAUGUUCAGGAAGCCAUUCUGAUCCUGCAGUGAGAAUAUACACUGCGAAGAACUGGCACCAGCAGCUAGAAACAGCGAAAGAAGAGUACAUUCGAGCGACGGUUGGCAUUCAGAAAGAGCAGAAGGUUUUUCUGCCGAAGUUGAUAGAGGCUUAUGCAAAAGAUGGUUGUAUGAGUCCUCAGAAGGUUGUUGAUAUGAUCCAACAUUAUCUUCCCGAGACUCUUUGCAUGGCUAUCAAGAGAUGCCAGAGAGGAAGAUCUCAUAAGAUCAUUGAGUGGGUUCCUCAUAACUCCAAUUUUCGUUACUUGUUAUCAAAAGAAGUUGCAAAUCCUCAGAUAGCUUGACUAAUUUUUAUGAGCCAUAUUAUAUCCUUUUUUUUAUUUUCUCUUUUCAAUUCUAGUUUUGAUGUAAAAAGGACUUCUCGAAAGCUGAAUAUCUUUGUAUAUAAAAUCUAUGCAAAUUGUUGUAUAUUAAGGUAAAGAUUCAGGGAAAUAAUGAGUUUUAUAA